AUGAUUUACUAAAUUCACAAAUUAUUAUCCCUUAAAAACACAUAGGCAGUUCCGUCGUGACAAAAAAAUUGAAUUUUGGCAAAGAAAUAGGAUAUGACCUAUUUCCACGGUAUAGAGUUCAUAGAAUAAUAAUUGAUAUAUUUUUUUACAAAAAUAAACUCUUAUUAUGGCCUCAUUGGAACAUAUUUCAUUGGCAAAUUUUAUAAAGUCUGUGCACAAGAAACUUAGAGAAGAAGCAGUCAUUUUGGGAGUAGAGGAAGCUUGGCAAAGCCAUUGCAAUGAUAGUGAAACGUUAAAACAGUAUUCGAAUGCUAUGAAGUCUUUGGCCACGGAGUAUUGGGAAACGAGAUGUAUGGAGCGACGGUCCGCUUAUUCCAGGAUCGAUUGGGUUUUUCAGUCUUGCAAAGAGUAUUUUCUUUAUAUUCAUAAAUAUCGAGACAAGGAAGUGAGUGUAUCAAGAAAACAUAACAUUGAGAAACGCGAUAUUGUUUUCUCCAGUUUUGGUAAUAAAUUAAAACUCUUAGAUGUUGGCAGCUGUUACAAUCCGUUCAAGCAAUUUCUGGAAUUUGAAGUUACUGCAAUAGACAUAGCUCCAGCUUCUAGCGAAGUUUUUAAGUGUGAUUUCUUGACAAUAAAUGUUGAUAGAGAGUUGAUCAUUGAAGAUAAAGUUAUUAGCCUGCGAGAAAGCUCUUUCGAUAUUGUGGUUUUUUGUUUGCUAUUAGAGUAUCUACCAAGUUCCAAUCAAAGGUUUGAGUGCUGCCAAAAAGCUUAUCAAUUGCUCAAACCUGAAGGAAUUUUGGUGAUUAUUACUCCAGAUUCAAAACAUGUAGGAGCUAAUGCAAAAUUAAUGAAAUCCUGGAGACUAGUGCUAGCAAAAAUGGGCUUUAUGAGAGUGAAAUAUGAAAAAUUGACAUUCUUACAUUGUAUGAUAUUCCGAAAGGCUGCGGCUCAGAAUGUGGCACAAAGAUGGGCUGACGUGCAUGCAGAUGGGGAGCUUUGGGAUCAAAUUUUUAUUCCUCAGGAUUUUUUGCAAAAAAUAAGCAAUAGGGUGGUCCAAUACGGUGAUAUUUGGUGUACAGACACUUUUUUGCAAUCAUUAGAUCCAGAUGUAUUAAAUUAAAAUGUCAAAUAUAGGUAGCUACAUAAUGUCAUUUGCUUUUGGUCUAGUUCCCUACAAUUGGGAUUUUUCGGUUGUCGGAGGUUGUGUGGCUAUUCAAACACAGAUGGCGCCACGAGCCCGAAAAAUUUGCCUGAGGAAAUUUAUUGUAUUACGAGUAAAAAUGACACCAUAAAACAAUUUUUAUUAGUUGUGAUUUUAAAUGAGUUUUUGUAGUUACAGCUUUUAGAUUAGCUUUUGGAGUGACUUUAAUGGGUGUACUGUAAGCAAAUGAGGUUUUACAAGUGGAGCUUUUAUAAAAGCCCUUAACUAACACACGAUUCGCACACCUAGUCAGAAUCUCAGAAUCAAGGAUUUUUUUAAUUCGAUUGCUCUUGAAUAAAGUUGUACCAGUUUAAAAUUUGAAUCUAUUAAUUGCGAUGGAAAAUCGGAUCAAUACUGUGACGUCAUUUGUAUUAUGGACGAGUUGGCUCCAUUAAUUGAUAUAUUGGGCUUCUUAGAUAAUUUAAACGG